AUGUCCACCCGUCCUCAAUGGUAUGCCGUCAACAAGCAGUUGGUCAAAAAGGAAGUUCCUAUUCCUACUCUUGCAGCCGACGAAGCUCUGAUUAAAGUCAAGGCUAUUGCUUUCAACCCCACUGAUUUCAAGCACGUGGACUUUGAAAUCGCCAAGAACAGCGGUGUUGGCUGCGACUUUGCCGGCGAUGUGCUCGAGAUCGGUUCCGCCGUCACCAAUGUCAAGGUUGGCGAAUCGGUUGCUACCUUCAUCUCUUCUGGCAACGACGCCGAGCCCAGCAAGGGCGCAUACUCGACGAUCGUCAAAGUCAAGGCUGAUUCAUUGAUUCGGUUCCCUCGUCCAUUGAAGGAGAGCAGCGGCAGCAGCUUGCCCUCCGAUUUCCCCACCACCUACGAGCAGGCGGCUUCUCUUCCCUGUGCUCUGGUGACGGUUGCUCUUGCCUACGAAGAGUACAAUCUGUGGGACAUUUCUGCUGCAGGCUCCCACAAGGGCUAUGCAGUGAUCUACGGUGCUGUUUCAUCUCUCGGUUUCCAGGCUGCUCAGAUCGCCAAGCAUCUUGGAUUCACCGUGAUUGCCAUUGCCUCGAAGAAGCACGCCAAGCUGCUGGAAUCCGUCGGAAUCACCCAUGUCGUUGACUACCACGACAAAGAUUUCAUCGAGCAGGUCCGCAAGAUCGGCGGCGACGAAAUCACUUUUGGUUACGAUGCCAUCUCCUUCGACGAGACGUAUGCCAACAUUGUGCAGAUGGUCUCUACUACCAAGCCUGUCAAGAUCAAUCUGUCUUUGCCUGGGCUGAAGGAGCCCAAGAAGGGUGCCAAUGUCACCGUUGACAUCCCUCUUGCCUACCUGAUCGAGGACAAGGAGAAGGACUUUGCUGGGUUCGUUCUCAAGGGCAAGCCCAAUUAUAUUACCGACCGCCCCCGCUACAUCAACCACCUUAGCCAGCUCAUUGCUGACAAGCAAUUGAAGAGUUUGCCUGUCAAGGUUGUUGGCCAGGGCAUCGAUGCCGUCCCGGCCGGAGUCGAUGCUAUUCGCAAGGGGGUUUCUGGCGAAAAGAUUGCCAUCCGUCUCUACUAA